AUGAAUUAUAUUGAUUAAGGCACUGCUCUUUCAAGGAAGGUUCCCAAUAGAAAGUUGUCUAAGAAGAAUUCUUUGUUUUAUUAGCAAUCGGUGUUUGAGAAUGAGGAAUUCAUGCAGAAGUAUGAGAAGAACGUCGACCAAUUGUAAACAGUGAUUGAGGAGCCUGAGUUGAAAGAGGUGAUUCAAAAUAGGAAUGAGAAGUUUUUUUAGGUUUUGGAGCAAAUAAUCAAAGUGGAAUCAUCAAUUAAGGAAUUCGCCAAGGGGUAUUAAAAAUACGGAUUCAUUGUAUCUGACACAGGAAUAACCUAUAGAGAAUGGGCACCAAACGCGAAGGAAUUGAAAUUGAAUGAAUAUGGUUGUACGACUGACAAUGGUGGAAACUGGGAAGUGUUUAUCCCAAAGGAUGACGAUGACAAUCACCAAAUCCAACAUGGGAGCAAACUGAUCACCUAUUGCAAUGAACUCGAAAGAGCUUCAGUUUGGAGUAGUGUUAAAAUGGGAGAGUAAGCGAUAUUUUGGAAUCCAGACAACAGAUACGAAUUUCAAGCAUAGCAGUUGCAACAGAAACAGUAGAGCAAAGGUCUGAAGGUGAUAAAACAAAAGAUAACAGAAUUGCAGGGAGUUAAUGGAUAUAAUACCAUUAUGAUUACUCAAUAAUUACUAAUGUAACUGGACGUAAAUUUAAUAACACCUGACGAUUUGAAAAGAAACAUAGAAGUUCUUCAUCAGAAGGGAUUUUCAGUCAUAAUGGAGAUUGAUCAUGAAUAAAUAGGAAAAUACUUGAAUAAUUGGGAUGGAACAGGAUAUCAAUACUUGAGAGAGGAAAUCGAACAAUUGGACUAUGGGAAAUGGGAAGUCUUGAGAUUGUUAUUAUCCAACAUAUCUUUUUGGAUAACCGAAUAUCAAAUAGACGGAUUCAAAUUCUCCAAUAUUGACGUAUCAGACGACAUUGAUGCCACUGUCUAUUUGAUGUUAGCCAAUGAUUUGAUUCAUGAUUUGUUGCCAAACGGUAUCAGUAUAAUCUAAGACUUGGACUAUCCGGCACUUUGCAGAACAAUCAAAGAAGGGGGUCUCGGUUUUGAUUUCAGACUCUCUAAAUUGCAACACAAGUAAUUCUAACCGAAGACACUGUUCGAAAACACAGGAGUGUACACUCAAGCUCAAAUUUUAAAUGCAUUGGCUAUUGGUUCUGGGUUGAUUUAGGAGGUCUAGGAUGACUAAUUUGUAUAGAUUGAACAACAGUGUGGUUGGUUGGAAAAUGAGAUUGGUGAAGUAAAUGAAGUGGAUUCAGUUUUGCAGAUCAAAAGGGGAAAGUUUACAUUUUUGAUAAAUCACACUAAUGAAAACAGAGAAACUGUGUUGAAUUUGUAGAUUACCAAGAUCUUGAACAAAUAAGAGUAAAAAUGGGAGUAAUAGGAUGAGAAUACCAUAAAACUAAUUGUUGAGUCAGAAUAGGGAUUGAUAAUUGAAUGAUAACUGAUAACUAAUCUGAAUUUACAGAAUAUAUAACAAGUAUAUAUUUUCAUUAUUAUUAAUAAUGUAAUUAAA